CCCUCUGCAACUGCAAGUACGGCGGUCUGUUUGCAGGCGAGACGUGUUGUAUCAGCAGACCGCAGCAUCGAUUUACUGCCAGGCAGUAGUCACCUGUUCCAUCAGCAAAGACAGACUCAGGGCGGACAGUGUCGUCCUUCAGCCUUUCCUCACGAGCCACGAUAUUUGGCCCCAGCCGAGCAACUCCAGCAUACAACAUCACCACCGACUGCUGCAGCAGCGCAGUUCCGCCAUUGACCACACCACGAACGAGCGCUGCCUUCCACACCACCAUGGGCGUGCCAUUCGAAGCACUCCUCCCAUAUGCCAUCUGCCUCGGCUUCUUCGGUCUGUCGGGCGCGGGUUUGAGCAAGCUGCGACACAUGCAAAAUGGUGGCAAGAGACAACGACACUCAGUAGACCAGUGGGAUAAGCAAAUGAUGGACCGAGACAGGCGGCUUACAGGUUUCCUGCGAGGGCAGACGGACAACGUGAAGGCACCAAAGGGCUUUGAGCUAAGCAACCCAUGGAGACUUGAGCCGGGCACUGCAUAGAUGCAGAUGUGCUGUACAUUACCCAAGAUACUUGAACCAAAGAACUUUUGAACCUAUCACAAGACAAGCUUCUACUUGGUUCCAUUCAACACAGUACGCCGCAACUCACAUUACAGCUCGAUUAGGCUUCAUAGCAUUUCCUUCGACGGUAAAGUUCUGUGCACGUUUGGACUAGAGGUUUGUCUACAACACGGGAAGCACCCUCCCGGGUCCCUCGAACAGCACGACCUGAAAGAUCUGUCACGCCAGCAUGGCUGUGUAACAAGGAAUCCAACAUGC